AUGACGAGCUGGACGCCCUACAUUCCUUCAGCUCUAUAUUUACUCAUGGAGUCUCUUUAUGAGCAAGCCCCAUGGGCUGGAGUCGCUCUGGCUUCGCUAGGUGCUAUUUAUCUGGGCUACAUUUUUGUUCAGGGUCAACGAGAAGCCGCUGUCGCCUUCAAUGUCCCAAUUCCACCUGAAGUGCGGGCUAAUUGGAGGGGUAAAACGUGGGACGAUGUUCGUGGAGAAGAGAAAAAGGUGCUUGAGGGGCAGGUUCGGAGUCAAUGGAGCGACAAGUUGAUCAUGAGCUAUUGCCCUGCAGACGGAAGGAUCCUAGGCACCGGGAUGAAGCCUGCGACGAGAGAAGGAGUCGAUCGAGCGAUCCAGGCUGCGAAAACCGCACAGACGGAGUGGGCUAGAACAAGCUUCGCCGAACGAAGGAAGGUCUUGAGGACGUUAUUAAAAUAUGUUCUUGAGCAUCAAGAGGAGCUCGUUACCGCCUGCUGUUUGGAUUCCGGUAAAACCAAAGUGGACGCUGUCUUUGGAGAAAUCCUCGUGACGGCAGAGAAGCUGAAAUGGACCAUCGACCAUGGCGAAAAGGCGCUCGCACCCGAAUCGAGACCGACAAACUUUCUGAUGAUGUACAAGAAAAAUAUGGUCACAUACGAACCUCUCGGCGUGGUCGGUGCCUGCGUCUCCUGGAAUUACCCGCUGCACAACUUUAUUGGGCCAGUCAUCAGUGCCAUAUUCGCAGGAAACAGUAUUGUGGUGAAACCGUCUGAGCAGACUGCGUGGUCCUCGAUGUUCUUUCUCGAAGUCAUAAGAGGUGCACUUGCAAGCUGUGGUCACUCAAAAGAGCUAGUACAGAGCGUAGUGUGCCUGCCUGACGUCGCCGACUUCUUGACUUCUCAUCCAGAUAUCUCUCAAUUGACUUUCAUUGGUUCACGGCCUGUCGCACACAAAGUCUGCGAGUCCGCAGCAAAGGCAUUACUCCCAGUGACUGUCGAACUGGGCGGGAAAGAUCCUGCCGUUAUUCUUGACGAUUCGCGAACAGCGAGCGAGAUCUCCGCGGUGGCAUCCAUCCUCAUGCGCGGUGUGUUUCAAUCAGCGGGCCAGAACUGCAUCGGAGCCGAGCGCAUCAUCGCCCUUCCCGGUGUGUACGACAAGCUGCUUGACGUCGUGUCCGAGCGCAUCAAGAACAUGAGUCUUGGCUCGGUCCUGUUAGAUUCCAAAUCCGACGAUCCCCAGCAGAAACCUGGAACCCCAGACAUGGGCGCCUUGAUCUCCCCCGCCGGUUUCGACCGUCUAGAAUCCCUCAUUGACGAUGCGGUGCGACAAGGAGCGCGCCUGAUUUGUGGUGGGAAACGCUACAACCACCCCAAAUACCCCUACGGCCAUUAUUUCACGCCUACCCUUCUUGCAGACGUCACCCCGUCUAUGCGGAUUUCCCAGACCGAGCUCUUUUCACCCGUGUUUCUCCUGAUGCGCGCAGAGUCUGUGCCACACGCUAUUCAAGUCGCCAACUCAACGGAAUACGGCCUGGGCGCCAGCGUCUUCGGGUACAACCCCCCAGACGUCGCCGCUUGCGUGUCAGGCAUAAAGGCGGGCAUGGUCUCCGUCAACGACUUUGGAAGCUACUAUGCAGUGCAGCUGCCUUUCGGCGGGGUCAAGGGGUCCGGAUACGGCCGCUUUGCAGGCGAAGAAGGACUCCGGGGCGUGAGUAAUAUCAAAGCAGUUUGUGUGGAUCGAUUCCCGAAAUUGAUGGCGACUCGCAUCCCGCCUAGAGUAGAUUAUCCCAUCCACAAAGGUGAUGAUCGGCUGCAGAACGGCACCGGAGCCUGGGAAAUGUGCAAAGGGGUUGUCGAGACCGGAUAUCAAAUAACGAUUUCGGGCAGAGUCCGAGGCAUACUUCGGCUUUUUCAAAACAUGUAA